GACAGAAUGGAGUCCAGGAACUUGGCAAUACAAAUAGUGCUCCCAUUUCAAAGUGCACUUGGAAUUCUGGGAAACUUCUCUCUUCUUUUCUACUAUCUACUCCUUUAUUACAAUGAAGGCACAUUAAAGACCAUAGAUUUGAUUCUUACCCAUGUAUUUACAGUCAACUCCUUGAUCGUUCCCUUCAAAGGAAUGCUACAGAUAACAGGAGCUUUAGAGAGGAAUCCGUUCUUCAAUGAUAUUGGAUGCAAACUUAUUUUAUAUAUUCUCAGACCUGACAGGAGCACGUCCAUCAGUACUACCCGUCUCUUGAGUGUCUUCCAGGCUAUCACCAUCAGCCCAAGGAACUCCUGUUGGAAGGAUCUCAUGGUCAAAACUCUAAGGUUCAUGGGCUUUUCAAUUUCUCUUUGCUGGAUACCACACAUGUUGAUGAAUAUGAUUUUCCCUGUUUUUUUAUCCACCAAGAAGUCCAGCAAAAAUAUAACAAAAAAAAGAAGUUUUGAAUUCUGUUCCUCCUCUCCAGGAUGUGAUACGAUAGUAGAAUCACUAUAUGGUAUUUUGGUGUUGUCUGUGCUUCUGGUCAGUUCCAGCAGUUUCAUGAAUGUCGUAUUGUAUGGAUACAAGCAGCAGGUUCAAUAUAUCCACAGUUCUCCUUUCCCCAGAACCUCCCCUGAAUCCAGAGCCACCCAGAACAUCCUAGUCCUGCUCUUGAGUCCCCUUGAUUUGAGAAACUUGAGACCAAACAGUCCUCUGGUAUAUAGAAGGGACAGUCAUCAAGUCAUCCUGGAUCCUGUCAGCAUUUCACAGGAACUUCACAAAUCUUAA